GAUGACGUCAGCGUAUUCCGAGCAUGCCUACAAAGGUCGAAAAUAAACAAAGAGCCAGAAAAGAGCCUCGCGCUAUUUCAGUGUAAAUUGUUUUCGAGUGUGCGUUUAGCGUCCAGUCAGCCAUGGAAAACGUCUUUUCGUGUCGAGCAAGUGUUUAUUUAGAUCAAGGAGGCAGGAAAUACAUGGAGGAUUUUGUUCAGAUUAAACAGGAUGAUGAGCCGAGCGAGGACGAGCUGAACGCCGCUGCUGCGGAGCGUGGCGAGGCGGAAGUGGAGAAUGCCAGCGAUCAGCUUGAACAGACUCUUGCGGACCGAGCGCAAAGUCUUCCGACCGAGGGAUCGCGACUUUCUCCGCCGAGAUCCAGUGUCACAGCGGUAGAGGAUGAUGAAGCGGAUUGCGGUGUGGUGAGAAACAGUCGUCGUUCCCGGGCUGUGGCUUUUUACGCGGUGUUUGAUGGGCACGGCGGCCCCGACGCGGCGCGGUACGCCCAGACUCAUCUGUGGGAUCUGAUCAAAAAACAAAGAGGCUUCUGGUCGACCGACGACGAAGAGGUUUGCUCAGCUAUACGGAAAGGAUUCAUUGCCUGCCACCAUGCCAUGUGGAAGAAACUGCCGGAAUGGCCAAGGACAGCGACUGGCCUCCCCAGCACAUCUGGAACAACUGCAAGCGUCGUUGUAAUUCGCCGCGAUCGUGUGUAUGUGGCCCAUGUCGGAGACUCGGCUGUGGUUUUAGGGGUGCAGGACAGUCCCGCUGAUGAGGUGCUUCGUGCAGAAGAAAUCACACAGGAUCACAAACCUGAGCUACCCAAAGAGAGGAAAAGAAUCGAGGGACUGGGAGGGAGUGUGAUUAAAAAAUCUGGGGUGAAUCGAGUGGUGUGGAAGAGACCCAGGCUCACUCACAAUGGACCAGUCAGACGAAGCACGGUCAUUGAUCAGAUUCCUUUCCUCGCUGUAGCUCGAGCUUUAGGUGAUCUGUGGAGUUAUGACUUCUACAGUGGAGAGUUUGUAGUUUCACCUGAGCCUGACACCGCUGUUAUCAAGUUGGACCUAAAACGGCACCGCUACAUCAUCCUGGGCAGCGAUGGCCUUUGGAACAUGGUUUCACCACAAGAAGCAGUAUCCAUGUGUCAGGAGACUGAUAGGGCCAAGACUAAGUGCCAAAAGACAAGGGAAAAUGUUUGUAGUGCCCAGGAGCUGGUGAACCAGGCCCUUCAAAGAUGGAGUCAGCGCUUGCUUCGUGCCGACAACACCAGCGCUAUAGUCAUUUGCUUGGAGCCAGUAGGGACGUUUUCUGAACCUUUGCCCCCAUAUGAAGUUGUGUACAACCUGCACGGAGCAAAGCCAUGCUCUACUACAGAGUCUCCAUCCAGCACGCCACACAUCCAGGUGGGAGAUGUGCCUUCUCCUGGUUGUGAACUGGAUUCGUUGGGCGAACGGAAUGCUGACAGCGGGACGAGCGGUUCUGAAUUAUCAAAGUCUGACUUUCCUAGUAAAGGUCCUAGUGACAAGAACUUGAACAGUGGAAAGAAUAGUGACACAGUGCCCACUGGCAAACGGAUGCUGGAGGAUCUCUCCAUCCCUGCAGGAAAGAGGGCACGGCGUAGUCUUCCUCAAAGCCAUGCUUCCUCAUGCACUACACGUCGGAGGUACAGUGAGCGUCCUUCUCUAAGACGUGGGAACAAAAAUCAGAAGCAGUCCAACAAAGUACAAGGUCUAUUACAGGAGCACGGAAACGCUACUGUAUGCGUUUGCUAACGCUCGUCUUGUGUCUGGUUUUUUGAUGUACUCUCACGCUUGUGGUGGAUGGUCACAAACUCAGAUAAUCUCCUUAUAAGCUACUGAGGAACCAGGCUCUAGAGUUAGAAGGUAAAAAUGUAAGAAUGGGUUAAUUUUAAGAGUAAUGCAGGCAUGACAAUGCAAUAUAGUGUACUGCUUUUCAUCUGCCAUAUUGUGGCAAACCUGUUUUGUUCCAGUUUUUUCCGGAUCAUGUAAAAUAAUGGAAGGUCUGUUAAAUGCCCCAAAUUUCUGUGUCGCUUGUCACCUUCUCAACAGUGUUUGUUUAAUCUUGUAAUGCUGCAGUCCAGUCACCUACACAUUUUUGGCCUUGUACGUAUUUGGGGCUCAGACACUUUAUGUUGAAGAAUUCCUGCUGUCUUCCAUUCGCCGUAGUGGAACGAUCAUGUGAAAACUUCAACAGAAAAAUGCAUAUCUUCCGGGAAGAUAUUUCUCCUCGCAGAUGACCUGUACAUAUUCCAAAGAACAAUUUUAAAGAGUGACGUUUUACUUUGAGCAAUUCAAUAAUCUAUGUAUUUUUAUACACUUUGUUUUACAGAACAAAGAAGGCACAGUUUCUACUAGCAUGGAAUCUUAAUCUCUUGUCACUAUGUAUGAUCUUACCUCGUCCAACAAGCAAGAAAUAUAUACACGUCAAAGUGGAAGUUUUUAAAAUACAUAUUAGCAUUAUCCAGCAUCUCAUUUCCAGAUUAAUGUUUGUUACAUUGGGUUUAUUAUUUUUUUAAGUUGUUUUUGUUUUCUUAUCUGUGAGACUUUUCAUGUGCGACUUAAGGUGCUGCUAUGUUUAACCAGGUAAAUAAAAAAAAUCUUGAUAAACUAAAUUAAAAUGUGUUGACUUGCCACCCAAAGUCUUGUGGUAUUCAAGUAGAACAAGGUUUCCAAAGUGAACAGCUCUCAUCUUUAUACACAAAAUAAACUCCUUAGCAGAGUUGCUAGGUUCAGGAUCUAGUUAACUAGCUAACCUUAGUCUUAUUAGCUAGCUAUAACUAUCAUACAGGUGCAUAUCAAAAAAUUAGAAUAUAGUGGAAAAGUUAAUUUAUUUUCCCAUAAUUUGAUUUAAAACAUGAAAUUUUCAUAUAUUAUAGAUUUAUUACACAUAAAGUGAAAUCUUCCAAGCCUUUUUUUUCUGUUUUAAUCUUGAUUACGGCUUACAGCUCGUGGAAAAAAUCCAGCAUCUCAAAAUAUUAGAAUAAAGAAUUUAUAAUAGAGAACUUUUCCACGAUACUCUAAUUUUUUGUAUAUUUUUUGUGUAUUUCUAUGUAUAUUAACUAUCAUUACAUGCUAGCUAACAUUGCUAGAGAUUGCUACCUAAACACUAACUGCCAGCUAACAUGCAGUAGCUCUAUUAUUAGCUACCCAAGUUACUAUGGACACUAGCUAACAUAUUUGUCAUUAUCUACUUAAGUAUAGUCACGGUUCUUUCAAGUGAUGUAGUCUACAGAGGGAACUCGGAAGGGGAAACACCCAUGAAAGACAUUUGUGGUGUCAUUCCAACCUGAAGUACUGUUUUGAAUUAAACUGAUGGACAUAACGAUAUUUUAUCCGUGCUAUUAUAAAAAUAUCCAUAUAUAAAUAUAACUAUAAAUAUAGAUCAAGAAAAUAUACAUUAUAUACAGUAUGAAGGAAACUAGUAACAGCAUGCCGAUAGUUUAGCUCUUAGUCUGAACGCAAUGUGCACCACGACGUUCGUGUUUGCUUGUGGAUACUAUGAAUAUUAACAUUAAUUAAAGUUAAUACUCAUCAUAGAAAAUGCAUUAAACUUUUUUUCACAACAUGUGUUAUUGUAUUGAAUGCUCUAUGUUUGUUUAUAUCAGAGGUCGAGAAACUUUUCAGCUGGCAGAGCCGUAAAAGCCUCAAAGAAAAGUUAUGAUUUUUUUUCUUUAAAGACCCAGAGAAAAGUUAACAUAUUUUUUUGACGUUUUAUAUGUCUUAUUAUUAUUAUUAUUAGUUAUUAUCUUUAUUAAUUUUGCAUAAUUAUAAAAAGUGGUACUAUAAUAAAGGCCAUUUCACAUUU